GCGGCGCCGGCGGCACCGGACGCGGCCGCCGCGAGCGUCCCCGCACUCCCCGCCGCCGCCGCGCCGCCCGCCGCCGUCCCUCUCGACGAGCUCAUCGCGGCGACCGACGGCUUUGCCGAGGCGCGCAAGGUGGGCGAGGGAGGCUUUGGGCGCGUCUACCGCUGCGGCGCGCUGCCGUCGCUUCCGCGCGUCGCUUGCGGGUUCGCCAUCAAGACAGCGCUGGUCGGUGUCGGCGCCCAAGGCCUCGCCGAGCUGCAGAGCGAGCCUCGAGGACCGCCUCUACCGCGCUCCAGCCGCGCUGCAGCGGCUCCGCAUGCUCGGCUUCGAGACGCCGCCUCAGCCGCUCUCCUCCGCGCCGCACGGCUCCGCGUGCUGCGCGACGCGGCGAGCGCGCUGCACUACCUGCACACGCGCUCUCCCAUGAUCCUGCACCGCGACGUUUCGGCGGGCAACAUCCUGCUCGACGAGCGCGGCAACGGCUACCUCGCCGACGUGUGGUCCUCGCGCGCGGCAGAGGCGACGGCCGGCGGCAGCCAGCAGGUCUCGCACCUGUCGACGCAGCGUAUCUUUGGCAAGCCCGGCUACAUGGACUCGAUCAUCAUGCACGACGGUCAGGCUUCGCAGCUCACCGAUGGCUAUGCGCUCGGCAGCACGUUGCUCGUCGCCCUGACCGGCCGCGGCGCUCUCGGCUUGCUCAACGCGUGCGACGAUGCGCUGGAGGAGCCCGACACGGCGGAGAGCAUCGCGGCGGCCGACGCGGGCUGGUCGGCGGCGCAGGCCGAGGAGCUGGCGCGGCUCGUGGUUGGGCUGGCUCUCGUGAAGAAGAAGAAGCGGAUGCCGCUCGUGGAGGCGCUGCCGCGGCUGGAGGCGCUAGUCGAGGCGGCGGGGGAGAUGGAGGAGACGGCUGGGGCCGAGGAGCGCCUGUGUGACCUCUGCUACGACGCGCCGCGCUCGGUCCGCUUCGCGUGCGGCCACGCGCUGUAUUGCGAGACAU